AGACGUGACGUAGACCAGACUCUCUCAAUCGAUGCUGGGUUACUUCGAUUCCCCGCUAGCAUACAGUACAGGCUAAAGCUAGCUAACUGGCGGCAGAGCAAAUCGUUCUGGCAAAAAUGUUUCUUUCUUCUGCAGUCCGGGUUGCCGUCUCUCAUACGGGCAGGCAAAUUCGAGGCCUGCACCAGUCAGCCGUUCGCCGAGGAGCUGGGGGAGCUCUGUUUGUGCACAGGGACACUCCUGAAAACAACCCAGACACCCCCUUUGAAUUCACUGAGGAGAAUCUCAAGAGAAUAGACGCCAUCGUGAAGAUGUACCCAGAAGGACACAAAGCCGCGGCUACGCUCCCUGUGCUAGACUUGGCCCAGAGGCAGCAUGGCUGGCUGCCCAUUUCUGCCAUGAACAAGGUUGCUGAGCUGCUUGGGGUCCCUCCCAUGCGGGUGUACGAGGUCGCCACAUUCUACACCAUGUAUCAGCGCAAGCCUGUGGGGAAGUAUCAUGUCCAGGUCUGCACCACAACACCUUGCAUGUUGUGCAACUCGGACAGCAUCCUCGAAGCCAUCCAGAACAAGCUUGGCAUUAAAGUUGGGGAAACCACACCAGAUAAGAUGUUCACACUGAUAGAGGUAGAAUGUCUUGGUGCUUGUGUCAACGCCCCAAUGGUCCAGAUCAAUGACAACUACUAUGAGGACCUCAAACCCCAGGACAUCGAGCAGAUCAUUGAUGAGCUGAAAGCUGGAAGAGUCCCACCACCAGGCCCAAGGGGUGGUCGUUUUUCUUGUGAACCAGCUGGAGGCCUGACCUCUCUAACCGGACCUCCCCCUGGGCCUGGAUUCGGAGUGAGAGCUGAUCUGUAAUUAAGAUCUAUUCCCCCUAUUAACUUAAAUGAUGUUCUCAGGAGCAGAAAUCAAAUGGUGUGUAAAUAAAUUCUCCAGUUAAUUCA